AUGGCCAUUCAGCGGCGACUGCGUCGACUAGAGGGCCUACAAGAGCGGCAGCGCGUGAACGAGCGGCGCUUGGCGCGGACCCUUGAGGACUUGGCUGCCGAGCUCAAGCAGGUCGAAGAUGGUGCCUUGAAGGAGGCGGAGGACGCGGAGCAAGAGAUGCUGAAGCUCAGCUCCGCGCUGCAGAAGAGCUUGCAAGAUCGGAGCGCUGUGGAGGCUCGUCUGGCAGAGCUGCCUGGUGCUGUCAACGGCGCCAGAGGCGCUUUGCGGCGCCGCAAGUGGGAGGAGGAUGCCCUGCAGCGGCUCCACGAAGCCUCUCGCGCGGAGGAGGAGAUCCUGGGGCUGCAAGGCGCACUUGAUGACAUGCGCGAUGAGAAGGAGCGGAAGCAGCAACAGCUGGCGCGGCAGCGCGAAACCGUGCAGCGCCUCUCAACGGAGGCCAUGAAGGAUGCAGCCGCCGCAGCCAGCCUUGAGGCGGAGGCGAAGCAGCUGAAGGCUGAAGCGGCCAAAGAAGCGCGGAGGGACUUGGCGCCUCGGCCGUUCGACCCCCGAGGGCACGGACUGCACAGCAUCGAGGCGCGGGAACAGGCGCUGGCGCUGCGAGACUUUCACCUGCUGAAGCGCGGCUUCAAGGAAUGGACGGUGUAUGCGCCUCGCCCGGAUUGA